AUGUCUGUGAAUUCAAGUUCCGAAGCGAGCUCACUUUCGGAUUUUGAGAUUAUCGAUUGGCCGGUUAGAGAGGAAAAUGAAGUGAGUUUUCAUGGGGGGAGUUUGGGGCUUCAUGAAAAAAAAUCAAGGAGCCACGCCUUGAGGGCUUUUUAUGUGUCAAGGCGCCACGCCUUGAGGGUUUUUUAUAAGCCGAGAAAUUUACUGAAUUUCGGAAUUCGAAAAUCUAAAUUUUCUUUUCUAAAUCUUCUGCGCAAAAAUCAAUAAAAAAAAUUUUUUCCCCCGAGAAAAUUUUAAUUUUGUUUGUUAAUUGAAAAAUUUCGACAAAUCUGCUCAUAAUAAUAUUUUGAUUAGAGACAACAAAAAUCGAGAGAGUCUAGAGAAAAACAGAAUUUUAAUUUUUGUCUAGACUCUCUCAAUUUCACGCUGUCUCUAAUCAAAAAAAUUCUGCAUAAGGAAAUAUUGAUAAAUUAGAGACAAUAUGAAAUGAAGAGAGCCCAGACAAAAAAAUUUCCUAAUUUCCUAACAAAAUUUUUGUUUCUCUCAAUUUUUCAAGAAAUCAAUAAAAAUAAUAUUUUGAUUAGAGACAACAGAAAAUUGAGAGAGUCUAGAGAAAAACAGAAUUUUAAUUUUUGUCUAGACUCUCUCAACUUCUCAUUGUCUCUAAUCAUAAUGAUUUUCUAAUAAAUUAGAGACAAGAUAAAAUGAAGAGAGCCCAGACAAAUAAAAUUUUUUCCAGUAUAUUCCUGAACCCCCUAUUCGAGAAGAUCGUAUUGUUCCACUCGAAGUAACACCAUCGCCAUUUCGACCAACUCCAAGAGAUCCACGAAUAAGAAGAACGCCGAAUCCUGAACCUGUCCGAUAUCCGGUAAGUUAGAUGUGCAGGUUCUCAUAGCGCCAACUUUUUUUCUUUCAGUAUUUCCGAAAUGCUCCCAGAGAUGUGACUCCAUAUGAUAAUCCAGAAAUUGUGAGUUUUUUUUUUCAGAUUUUGGACAACAAAAAUCGGAUUUUUCAGAUUGAUAUAGAUUCUCGCCCAGGAAAUGCCGAUUUUAUGAGACAUUUAUCUUCAACUGGAAGGGAUCGAUUUUAUCGAGUAAGUUUUUUUGAACUUUGAUAGGCUCUCUAGCCUGUCUAGCCUGUCUAGGCUCUCUAGGCUCUCUAGACUCUCUAGCCUCUCUAGCCUCUCUAGCCUCUCUAGGCUCUCUAGCCUCUCUAGGCUCUCUAGCCUCUCUAAAAAUUCCCAUUUUCAGCCACCACCACAACCAAUGCUCCCAAGAAUUUCAGUAAACCUGGCUCUAGCUGAGCCCAGACCAAUUCAAGAUUACUACACUCCACCACCUAGAGCUCCGCGGAACCCGGUGAGUUUCAAAAUUUUUUUUUUUUUUCAAAAUUUUUUUGUUGCUUUUUAGGUCCCACCGACUUUCGUCAACAAUUCUGUUCAAACUGUGAGUUUUUUUUUCGGUGAGAAAAUUUUUUGAAAAUUUUGAAUUUUUUCAGGAUCCCACUGAAGGUGAAGCUGAACCGCGUAAAAAUCAAUAAAAUAUCUAAACUGUGUGAAAAAGUAAGUUCAUUUUGAAAUUCCGAAAAAAAUCGAUAAUUUCCAGAUCACAUAUCUUCUUCUUCCCCUUCCAUUUCUGUGA